AUGGGCAACCAGGAGGCUAAGCAAAGGAAAGCUGCGGCAGCAUCGGGAAAUGGAAGCUACCCAUCACUGGAUGAAGGAUGGAGAGAGGGAGGAGGGGAUGUGACAAAAAAGGGAGGAAAGAGGCUGCACGGUAAGCAUGGAGGUAAAGGAGCAGGCAGCAGUGGAGGAGGGGGGAUGCAUGGCACAGGACCAGGCAGGAAAAAAAACAAAUCCGAGUCCAAGCCCUCUGUUUUCUCCAUCCGCAAGAGAAAGGGCAACCUGAAAGGGAAAGGAGACCCAUGCUCCUCUGUGACAGGCUCAAAGGAGGACGUGUUAGCAUCACAACAAGAUGAACUGGACAGGACCAAAACACCUGAUCUGUCAGCAGAUGAGCUCGGACAGUCGGACACUGAGGCUGCUUUCCCCGAGAAGAGGAAGAAAGUGGCGCCGGAAAACAAGGAUGGAGAUGGAGGAGGAAGAGAGCCGAGUCAGGAGGUGCAGCGGAAAACCUCGACAGCAGCGACCUCUCCCGCAGAGAAUGGAGGGCAGAAGGGAGGGAGCUCGGGGUCAGACACUGAUAUUUACAGCUUCCACUCUGCAGCAGACCACGAGGAUCUGCUAGCGGACAUCCAGCUCGCUAUAAGGCUGCAGCACCAACAGCAGCAGGGGGUGGUUAACUCGACUGGGGAAGUACAGGGAGGGGGGCAGGAGAAAAGGAAAAGGAGUAAUGGAGUAAUUAAAUUAACUCCUCCUGAGGAACUUGACCUGACCCCAGAAUUAGAAGUGGCGUCUGAUGCGCUGUCAUUCUUAGAGACAGGGACUCUGUCUGGCUCAGUUCAGGACAUGGACCAGCCUCCAACAAUCAACCCCACCUUCCCCACAGAGGUGCAGGAGAGCAAGGAGGAGAAGGUGCAGAAGGAGGAGGUGGAGUGGCUGGAGUUAAACGAGAAGGGACAGAGGGAGAGAGAGAGAGAAGCCCCUCUUUGUUUUGCCACAGGCACAAAAGAGCAGCAUGGUUUGGUACAGCAGCCCGCUUGCACGGCAGUCACCAUGGCUACUGUAGGGGGGGUAGCAGUCAAGCCAGUCACCAUGACAACCAGUGGCAACAGCUUCCCGGAUCACAUACCCCCAAGGGAGGAGGAGGAAGCUGGAGGCGAAACCCCUCAGGAGGAGAGGGAGCCUGGGGGGGAUAUGGAUCUCAGUCCUCCUCCCGCAGACAGCCACAACACAAGCACCGAAGCCACCGAUGGGCUGAGGCCAGGCAUCCUGUUCGAGGAAGGUGAGGGUCCGUUGGGCUCGGGUACUAGUGCAGAGUCCCUCGAGGACUGCCUAAGUGCCGGCUCUGAGCACCACUCUGCUUCGGCCAGCACCGGUGCCUCCCCCUCCACCCAGCGGUGCAGGAGGAGCAGCAUCUGCUUCACCCCACUGCCUCCCCAGGAGAGCCCCACAUUGGCCAAACGACUCCUCAGGUCCACCCACUCCUCCGCCUCCUCUAGCCCUGUGGUGAAACCCUACCCUCCUAUCUUCCCCUCCUACAUAAAGACCACCACCAGACAGCUGAGCUCCCCAGGACACUCCCCAGCCCUGUCCCCAUCCCACAGCCCUCUGUCUCCACGUAGAGUCCACCAUCACCUCCACAGGAUGAUGGCUGAGGGUCAACGGGUCCGUAGGCAGCGCUCCCGCAGCCUGGCCGGGUCUCUGAGUCGCUCAGCUGACUGGACAGAGGAGCUCGAGAGGAGGCUGAGGAGCAGAGAGGAGGAUGGAGGAGGCUCUGGUGGUUCAAGAGAAUAUCUGGAUGGCUACAGAGGAGGAGGCAGCCAGCCCCUAUGUGCGACCAGAAGAUCUUCAUGUGGACAGGUUUCCACCUGCGGCUUUCAGGACGUCUUUACCGGUCGCACCUUGCUGGAGAAGCUGUUCUUGCAGCAGCAGCAGGAGGAGCCCGAGGAGGCAGAGAGGCUGUGCUCCAGGAUCCUGGCCAUGGGUCUCCUGCUGCCGUUCACCGAGUGCUUCAGAGAGAAGCUAUGUGACAGCCCUGCACACAUCACCUCCACGUCACCAGCCAGGUUCGACCAUGACCAGUUGUAUACAUGGGCAGCAGUCAACCAGCCGUCACACUCCCUGGAUCUGCUUGAUGGGAGGCCUCUUGGGCAGAUCAAGGGUUCCUUGCCCCCAACCAGGCCUGGCUCAGACAAUAGGAACGUAUUCAAAUCCACAGAGGCUGUAUUUUUUGAGGACAAUCAAGAGCAACCUGCAGCCAGGUUGGGUUUAAAUCAACCACAGGAGGAGAGUCAAGGUUGUCUGGAAGAGCGAGUCCUACCUUCAACCAAACUGAAGGAGAAGCACAUUAACGUCAUCCUGCAGCUGGAACAAACCAUAGAGGACCUCAGGACUAAGAUCGCUGAGCUGGAGCGACAGCCCCCUCUGCUGGACAGCGACAGUAUGAAACCCACCGCCUCCACCACGGAUAAGGAGUGUGGGGGGGAGGAGGGCUUGCUGAGGGAUGUGUGUGACGCCCACCUGCAGACAGAGGCCCCUCCCUCUCCGGGCUGCCUGGAGGCCAAGUCGGUUCAGACCUCGCCCAUGGACGACAGCUUUAAGUUCACAGUGCCUUGCAGUGAGUCGGGUGGAGAGCCCCCCCCCCAGUGUUCAUGUCAGCAGCAGCCUCCUCCUCUGCCCCUUCCAGCAGGAGCAGAGGCCUCUCAUCCAGCACAGACUGGGGCACCUCCUCCUCCACCUCCACCACCUCCUCCCCCACCCUUCCCAGUGGGCUCAGUGCCUCCUCCACCACCACCACCUCCACUACCACCUGGUUCAGCAUUUCCUCCUCUUCCUCCUCCUCCUCCUCCUCCUCCUCUUCCUGGUGGUCUCAUGCCACCCCCACCUCCUCCCCCUCCUCUGCCUGGUGGCAGUGCUCCACCUCCGCCGCCACCCCCUCCCCUCCCUGGUGGCACUGCCCCUCCCCCUCCUCCCCCAUUACCAGGAUUCGGAGGCCCGCCCCCUCCUCCUCCACCACCACCACCUCCAGGCUGUGGGCCUCCUCCUCCUCCCCCUGCUCCACCAGGAGCCAUCUUCGGUGCCCCGGCUCUCCCAGGCGGUUUGGGCUCGCUGCCUCCUCCUCUGCCGUUUGGGCUGUUUGCUCUGGGCCUGACUCAGGAGAAACCCCCCCGGAAGGCUUUGGUGGAGCCACCCAGACCCAUGAAGCCACUUUACUGGACCAGGAUCCAGCUGAACACCAAAAAAGAGGUUUCUUCUUCAUUGGUGUGGGACACAAUUGAGGAGCCUGACAUGGACUUUGAAGAGUUUGUGGAGUUGUUCUCGAAAACAGCUGUGAAGGUUAAGAAGCAGCCGCUCUCCGACACCAUCACCAAGUCCAAGGCCAAACAGGUUGUGAAGCUUCUAAACAACAAGCGAUCUCAGGCAGUAGGAAUCCUCAUGUCCUCCCUGCACCUGGAUAUGAAAGAUAUCCAGCAUGCAAUCCUGAACUUGGACAACACGGUAGUGGACCUGGAGACCCUGCAGGCCCUGUAUGAAAAUAGGGCACAGCAGGAGGAGCUGGACAAGAUUGAAAAGCACAUCAAGUCCUCUAAAGACAAAGAGAAUGCUAAACCUCUGGACAAACCUGAGCAGUUUCUCUACCAGCUUUCCGUGAUCCCAAACUUCUCUGGCAGAGUUUUCUGCAUCCUUUUCCAGUCCAGCUUCUCCGAGUGCAUAUCGUCGUUAACGAGGAAACUGGACACGCUGCAGAGAGUCUGUGAGGCCUUACAGGACGAUGAGAGAGUGAAGCAGGUUCUGGGUCUGGUCCUGGCCUUUGGUAACUUCAUGAAUGGUGGUAAUCGAACCAGGGGCCAAGCUGAUGGCUUCAGCCUGGACAUUCUGCCCAAACUGAAAGAUGUCAAGAGCAGCGACAGCACGAGAAGUCUUCUGUCUUAUAUUGUUGCUUACUACCUCAGACACUUUGAUGAGGACGCUGGCAGGGAGACAUGUGUGUAUCCCCUCCCGGAGCCUCAAGAUUUGUUCCAGGGUUCACAGAUGAAAUUUGAAGACUUUCAGAAAGACCUGACUCGACUCAGGAAGGACCUCAGAGCAUGUACAUCGGAAGUUGAAAAGGUGUGCAAAGUUUCGGAUGAGGAUAACUUGCAGCCUUUCAAGGAUAAUAUGGAGGAAUUCCUGAAACACGCGAAAAGUGAAAUGGAGACGCAUGAAGGUCAACUCAGCAGCACUCACAAACUGUUCAUGGAGCUCUCAGUGUUCUUCUCAGUGAAGGCCAAAGGAGGAGAGAAGGAGGUCUCACCCAACACGUUCUUCUGCAUCUGGCAUGAGUUCUCCUCUGACUUCAAAGACCAGUGGAAGAAGGAGAACAAAACCAUUCUCAAGGAGAGGUUAAAAGCAGCAGAGGAGAGCUUCCGUCAGGCCAAGGAGAAGGCUUCCUACAGCGUCAAACCUAAACACGCCUCUGGCAUCAAAGCCAAGCUGGGCAUGAAGAUCUGA